AACAGGUCAUUGACUCCCACCGUGUUAUCAGACAAAAGGAACAAGAGAUAAGAAGAAGCCGGAAACCCAAACAGAGAGGCGGAUGACUCAGACGACUGUCAGUUUUCCUCUUGUGCGUCAGUGCCAAACAACAACAACUCAGUUUUACAAGUUGUAUACUAUUUUGAAGGUGUGUCCGAUCGGCUGCAGCAUCCACAUGAGUCAUUUUGAGCAGAGGAGGAGGAGGAGGGGGCUCGGGGUCUAUAAUAACCUAGGCGGCUGCGCUUUUUCUCCAAACACGAGCAAGAUUAACUGGAGACUGUAAAAGGAGUCCAGCUCAGAAAAAUAUAUUUUAAAGCUUUCUUGUUUAUAAUAAUUUAUAUUUCAUAACAGCUGGACUUUGAUUCAACGCCUUCCAUCCUCGGAGCUGGGUUUUCACUCUUAAAAAGUGCAGCCACGCGUUCUUUCUUUACCUCAAGACACUUUUUAAAUCAUCAGCGAUGUUUCCAGAGGCAGGCACAGGUUACAGCUAUGAGGACUGCAUGGCCACAGCCGAUUGGUUGAUGGCCCAGACAGACAUCCGACCCACAGUGGGCAUCGUGUGCGGGUCAGGGCUCGGAGGGUUGGCUGACACGUUAAAGGAUCAAGUUGCCUUCAACUACAAGGAUAUCCCCAACUUUCCACAGAGCACCGUGCACGGUCAUGCAGGUCGGCUUGUGUUUGGCACACUGAAGGGGAGGCCGUGUGUUUGCAUGCAGGGCCGCUUCCACCUGUAUGAAGGCUACCCAGUCCAGAAGGUUGCACUGCCUAUGCGCAUCUUUAAGCUGCUUGGUGUGGAGACGGUGAUACUGACCAACGCAGCCGGGGCCCUCAAUGAGGACUUUAAAGUGGGGGACAUUAUGAUCAUCAAAGACCACAUUAACAUGCCUGGUUUUGCUGGCAACAAUCCACUGGUUGGACCCAACGAAGAGAGGUUCGGUGUGCGUUUCCCCUGCAUGUCUGAUGCAUACGACAGAGAGCUGCAGCAGCUGGCCAUGGACGUGGGACAGGAUCUCGGCUACGGAGAGUUCCUGAGGGAGGGUGUGUACUGUGUGGUGGCGGGCCCCUCGUUCGAGACCAUUGCUGAGAGUCGCAUGCUGCACAGGCUGGGUGCUGAUGCUGUCGGGAUGAGCACAGCCUUUGAGGUGAUUGUCGCACGUCACUGCGGCAUGCGUGUCUUCGCUUUCUCACUGAUCACCAACCAGGUGGUGAUGGACUACGACAGCGAAGAGAAGGCCAAUCACGAAGAGGUCCUUGAGGCCGGCAAGCAGCGAGAGCAGCAGGUGGAGCAGCUGAUUUGCACUAUGGUGACCAGAAUCGAGCACAACAACAACUACGCCUAAGACACGGCGUACUGGUUAUCUAACGGGGACAGAUCACGUUCAAUGAUGUUGUGCCAAAGAACAUCCUGCUCAGUUUAUUAUUUAGGUGAGAAGUCAGUCUGCUUAUACUCUUAGCAGUGUAGGUAUCAGAGCAUAGACAAUAUACACAGUCUUUGGUUUCAUGACACUAAACAUUCUUCUGCUGAGCAGCCACCACUAUUUUGUAUCAUUUUGAACCAGGCAUAUUUGUUUUAACGUAUGAUCAGCUUGUAUAAAUGUCUAAUUUACUUUAAUGAGUCAUAAUUUGCUGUAAAUUAUAUCAUCUUGUUGAAAUGUGUACAUUAGCACUGU